CUCAGCUCUAUUCUUAGAAAGUAAUGAUGCUACAGAGAAAGAACAGUGUUCCAAAGCAAAACCUCAAUUUAUACGCUCUCAUUAAGGAGAAUGAAGACAGACAGUGAAAGGAGAUCACAGAAAAUUAUACCAGCAUGAUGCACCCGGCGAAUAUUUCCAAAAUGACAAGAACCAAAAGCUGAGGGAAUGUUGCCAACCUCACUAAAACUUACUUCCCAGUGUUCAACAACGACAGGGAUGAAAAUGGUCUCAAAGUUGGUGAUAACAAUAUCAUCAGGAAGUUUUAUGAAUCAGAACUGAUGGUGAACCAGAGGAAGAAGAUCAUACCAGAAAAGCACCCAAAUGUGAUAAAAGAAGUCCCAGAAGGUGAGGAAUCCAAACAGACAGUAAAAAUAGGCAACCAUAUCAGAAGUUCAUACAAAAUGAUUACGAGCCCCACCUCAGAAAUUCAGAAUUCUUAUCCUUCAAAGGAUGUCUUAAGUGAAGAAUAUGAAGAAGAGGAAAAAGAUGAUAUUGACAUAAUGUGGAUCGAAGAUUCUUUCAUAAAGAUAAGUAGCAAUGACGUCACAAAUAAGAAGCAGAAGGGCACAGAUGUUACUAAAAAGAGGAUGAGAAAGAGAAGCUACAGUAAAGAGGAUCUUCCAAGUGGUUUCAAUGAGAGACUUGAUACAGGAGAAAUCUCUCCAGAAUUUGUUGUCUCUGAUGAAGAAGAGUACCAAAUUCCUGACGAUAUUAGUAAAGAGACUAUAGAAGGUAAGAAUACAAUUUCCAUCGGACGUUCAUUUACCCUUCCAAACUCUUGAAACAAACAAAUGUUUAAAGGACUUAAAGUUGUAGAAAGGAAAGAUACUUUCUCUCCUGUGAAAGGAAGAGGGACAACAUGAAAAACCUGUUAUUCUAGCAAUCAUCCAAGCGAUUGGGAUGCAGGUUCUCAUAUUCAUCACAAAGUAUCAAAUAUGAAAAGAUCUAAUGCUGAUGCUGGAGUCAAUAGAUCCUAUCUUUCAACCCAUUUAAUGUCAAGACUGGAGCAUACAAAUGAAGAAGAGGAGCUCCCUCUUAAGGAAAAGGAAAAAUAUGAGUUUAUUAUAAGAUCUAUGCAUGACAAAUGCAAAAACUUACAGAGUGAGUUGGAAAAGGAAAAGAAAAAGAAUUCUUUCAAAAAUAAACUUCUCGCGUCCUACCAAUUUAAGCAUGAACGGGUUUCGAAACAAAAUAUUGUCUUGACUGCUAAAGGAUUGAGAGCAUGCCAGGCAGUCCAGGAGUUCAAUGAGCAACAAGAACUCGAGUUUAUGAAGCUUAACCAACACAUCACUCAAUUAAGCCAUGAGAAUGAUCAUCUCAGGAAAUUAUUAAAAAUUAACAAAGAAUGUGAAGAAGAAGCUAAAGAUUCUCUUCUGAGAGAAGAAGAAAAUCAGCUACCACAGGAAGAAUCAAGUGAGCAUGACAAAAAAAAAGAGGAAGAAUCAACAUCUCUUUAUGGGGACUCUGAGCUGAACCCUUUCAAUAGAGGGAAAUCAAAGCUCAAGAAAGCCAAGCCAAAGAGACUAAGAAUGGGUGAAAGCUGACAGGAAUUAAUCAAGAAUGAAAUUAAGAGAACUAAGAAAGUUAAGAGGUCGAGAGCUACAAGUUUCCAUUUUGGUUCUGAAACUCCUGACAUUAGUGAUGGUAGUUUUGAAGGGUUCGAAUGGACUGAGAAAGAUGAAUCCAAAACUCCUUUGGAUAACAAGAUUACAUCCAGAAAGUUCUCUUUCCAUUCUGCUUCCUAAGUAAUUAAAAUUCUCGAAGCGUCAAGUCAAGUUAAGCUUUUCCCAAGUAUUAAAAUUUGGAGUAAAGCUCUUGCCAGCUCUUUCUUUCAUUAUAUAAUUUAUAUGGUCUAAAGAUCUUUU